AUGAAAGCCCACCUAGUCGCGAUUCUGAGCAGCUUGGCCUGCGUCCAAUCUCUUGCUGUCCCGGAGCCCAGGCAAGCUGGAAGCUUCCCGUCGGCAAGUGGGACGCGGUUCACCAUAGAUGGGCAAACCAAAUACUUCGCCGGCAGCAACUCCUAUUGGAUCUCGUUCCUGACGAACAAUGCCGACGUCGACCUCGUCAUGGACAACGUCGCGAAAUCAGGUCUCAAGAUAUUCCGUGUCUGGGGCUUCAAUGAUGUCAACACGAUUCCCGGCAAUAACCAGGUCUGGUAUCAGUAUCUGUCGGCCUCUGGGUCUCAGAUCAAUACAGGGGCGAACGGCCUGCAGCGCCUCGAUGCCGUGGUUUCUGCCGCGGAGCGGAAGGGUGUGAAACUCAUUAUCAACUUUGUCAACUUCUGGGACGACUACGGCGGAUUAAGCGCUUACCUGAAUGCGUUCGGAGGCUCGAAGGAGAGCUGGUAUACGAACACCGCCGCUCAAGCCCAGUACCAGGCCUAUGUCCGAGCGGUUGUAAACCGCUAUAAGAGCUCCUCCGCCAUUUUCGCCUGGGAACUUGCGAACGAACCCAGGUGCAAAGGAUGCAGCACAGACGUGAUCUACAAGUGGGCGGAAUCAACUUCCAAAUUCGUCAAAUCCCUCGACUCCAACCACAUGGUCACUCUGGGUGACGAGGGAAUGGGCCUGCCUGGAGAUGAGAGCUACCCAUACCAGUAUGGCGAGGGAACGGACUUCGUCAAGAAUCUCGGCAUCAAGACUCUCGACUUCGGCACUUUCCACAUGUAUCCUGACCAUUCUAACAUCAAGGAGAUGGUUCCCUGA